CCUCAAGAACAUUUCGGGUUUUUUUCUUGAUUCAUCCCUCUGUUUUCUGAAUCUCUCUGAUUCUGAUCCGCGUUCCAAGUGGAUUCUUGCCAUCCCUUUCUGAAUCCCUUUUUGCUUCAUGCGUCAAUGCCUCUUUUUCUCGUUCUUUCUGGGCAAUUAUAAUAUUGGAGCGAAUACAAUAAGCUUGGAGGCGGCAAACUCAUUGAGGUAAUUUGGAGGCGGACAUGAGAAAGAUCUCUUUUUUGGAAGCAUCCUAAUCUUUGAUAGUUUUGUUAAUUUUAUUGUCUCUUCAAUCUGCAAUAAUGGGGUGAUUGGGUUUUUUUUUUUUUUUAUAUUGAUUAGAAUGCAUCAUUUUUGUUCUCUGUUUUAAAUCUAUACUCGUGGAGAAAUUGUGAUUUAUCAUUUCACGUGUGAUUCGUUAUGAGUUUUUGUUUUCCAUGGCUAUCCAUUGUGUAUGAUUAUUUGAUAAUUGAAAUGGGAUGGGAUUGUUGUAGAUUGAUUUUUAACGCAACCGGAAUAUGUGAUGCAAUUAUAUUAUUAAUCUGUUUUUGUUUAAUUGUACACAUUUUGGCUUGUAAGGCGCUUUCUAUUCUGUUCUCUGUGUUUUAUGAAUUGCAAUUACAGUGGAACCUGAUAAGCGUCUAUUUGAUUAAGGUACCAAUUUGUGGAAGGAUUGAAGAUUGAUGGGACGUUGAUGCAUUUCUGAGUUAUCUGAUUGUAAAGAGCAAGGGAAGGGUCUGAGAUGUCGGAAGGGGAUGAAUCCCAGGAGAUAGUUCAGCCUGAGACUGACCCUUCUGCUCGGCAAGUAUGUGCAAAUGGGAUUUGCAUGCACACAACUGUUGUAGAAGCGAAACUAGAUGAAGGAAAUAUUCAGGAGGCUGAAUCUGCACUUCGAGAAGGUUUAUCACUCAAUUUUGAGGAAGCACGUGCUCUUCUUGGAAGAUUAGAAUAUCAAAGGGGGAAUGUGGAAGGUGCGCUUCGGGUGUUUGAUGGCAUUGAUCUUCAGGCUGCUAUACAGCGAAUGCAACCUCUUGCAGAAAAGCAACCUUCGAAGAAGGGGCGAACUAGAUCUGACUCUGUGCAUGCUGUCUCACAGCAUGCUGCCAGCCUCGUCCUUGAGGCCGUAUAUUUGAAAGCCAAGUCUCUUCAAAAGCUUGGGCGACUAAAUGAGCUUCAUUUGCUGGGAUUUUGUAGAGGCUGCUCAGGAGUGCAAAAGUGUACUUGAUGCUGUUGAGAAGAUAUUUUUUGAUGGGAUACCUGAUGUAUUAGUCGACAACAAGCUGCAAGAAACUGUUAGCCAUGCAGUUGAACUGCUCCCAGAGCUGUGGAAGCAAUCUGGCAACUUUUCUGAAGCUAUGUCUGCUUAUCGACGUGCUCUACUCAGUCAAUGGAACCUUGACAAUGAAUGUUGUGCAAGGAUUCAAAAGGCAUUUGCCUUGUUUCUGCUGUACAGUGGUGUAGAAGUUGGACCACCCAGUUUAGCUGUGCAAAUUGAUGGGUCUUACGUCCCCAAGAACAAUCUUGAAGAAGCAAUUUUACUUUUGAUGAUCCUUAUGAGAAAAUUUUAUCUUGGUAAGAUCGAGUGGGAUCCAUCUAUUAUAGAGCACCUCACAUUUGGAUUAUGUUUGUGUGGCCAAACUUCUGUAUUAGCAAAGCUGCUGGAAGAAGUCAUGCCAGGGGUAAUUCAUCGUAUUGAACGCUGGAGAACAUUGGCACUUUGCCAUAGUGGGGCUGCGCAGAAUGGUACUGCUCUAAAUCUUCUGAGGAAAUCCCUACACAAGCAUGAAGAUCCAAAUGAUAUUUUGUCCUUGUUAUUGGCUGCCAAAAUUUGUUGUGAAGAUAGAUUUCUUGCUGCCGAAGGAGUGGUGUAUGCACAGAGAGCAAUCUCUAAUUCUGAAGGACCAGAUGAACAUUUAAAAGGAGUAGGUCUCCGCAUGUUAGGUCUUUGUUUGGGGAAACAAGCAGAAGUGUCUUCUUCAGAUUUUGAGAGGUCUCGGCUUCAAUCGGAAGCACUGAGAUCAUUAGAUGCUGCCAUAGGAUUAGAAAAAGAAAACACAGAUCUGAUUCUUGAGCUAGGCAUUCAGUAUGCAGAGCACCGAAAUCUGAAUGCAGCCUUGCGUUAUGCCAGGCAGUAUAUUGAUGCUACUGGAGGAUCUGUACUUAAAGGUUGGAGACUGCUUGCUUUGGUUUUGUCUGCCCAACAACGUUAUUCAGAGGCAAUAGUAGUAAUUGAUGCUGCUUUAGAGGAGACUGGAAAGUGGGAUCAAGGGCAAUUACUAAGGAUGAAGGCAAAGCUGCAAAUAUCCCAGUCCUUGCACACGGAUGCCAUUGAAACUUAUCGCUACCUUCUUGCAUUGGUCCAAGCCCAAAGAAAAUCUUAUGGACCUCUUAGAGUUGCUCAUCAGACAGAGGAUAAUAAAGUUAGUGAAUAUGAAGUUUGGCAUGGUCUGGCAAACUUGUACUCCAGCCUCUCACACUGGAAAGAUGCUGAAAUAUGCCUGGGAAAAGCUAGAGCUCUCAUACAGUAUUCAGCGGAGACACUGCACACUGAAGGUCUUAUGCAUGAAAGACGAGGUGAGUUUCAAGAAGCUGUGAGUUCUUAUACAAAUGCCCUUUUACUGGAACCGAGCUAUGUGCCUUGCAAGGUCUUGGUUGGUGCUUUGUUAUGUAAAAGGGGCCCAAAAAUGUUGCCAGUAGCUCGAACUCUUCUGUCUGAUGCGUUGAGGCUCGAGCCUACCAAUCGUUUGGCGUGGUAUCAUUUGGGCUUAGUUCACAGGGAUGAUGGUCGGAUAGCUGAUGCAGUGGACUGUUUCCAAGCAGCGUCUAUGCUUGAAGAAUCCGAUCCAGUGGAAAGCUUCAGCUCCAUUCUCUCGUGAUCCUUCAUCGACCAAAACUCUUUAGGUGUUCAUUCUUUGAUUCUUUCUUUUGUUUUCCAGCCAUGUGAAUAAACUGGCAAAGUAAUUGGCGUGUUGUAGAGUAGCAUUGGUUCAUUAGGAAUGUACUGUAACAUUGAUUGAUUAGGGGGUAAAUUGGGACAUAUUUCAUGUCGGUGAUUGUAUCUUCAGAUUCUUUAUGUCUUGUGUGACCUUUUUCUUGUUUGAGGAAAUUAGAUGCUUUCUGGGAAAAGUUUGUAUCCAGCUAAAAUCAAAAUUAUGUAACACAGUCAAUCUCAUCUUAUAGGACCCCAUCUGCUGCUUCUUCUUCUCUUUUUUUUCUGUCUUUUUUUUUUUUUUUUGGAGAAAAAAAAGAUUGCUUAACCAAAACUAGAUUGAUUAAAAAACUAGAUUGCUCUAACUUUGAUUGAUUGUAUCAGUAAAUAGCUAGUGAUGUAGGUAGAUCUGUUUGUUGUGAUUGUGUUGGUUAGUACGAAGAACUGUACAGAUUGUGUUCCUCAGUCUUUUGACUUAUCAUUUACCGAAAUACAUUGAUUGGUUAUGG